UUUCUUUUCUGAUUGAAAAAUAGCGUCUGUGCUUGAAUUAAUAUUAAUUAUUGUGUGAUAUCUUUCAUUUUGUGGACAAUUCUACAGAAUUAUUGAUUCUUAAUUUGUAUACGAGUCGAGUUCGUUUACAAGCUUUUAUUUGUUAAAUUUUAGAAACCUCAAUUUAACGGGUCCAACAAAAAUGUCGUCGGUUGAAGACAGAAUCCUGAAAUUGAGAGAGGAACGCCUAGCUAGAGAGAAGGCGAGGAUAGAGAAGCUUCGAGAACUGAAUCUGAAAAAAUACCAAAAGAACGAACCCCAGCCCCUGAAUUCCGUUCAGCAUAAAACAUCGAACAAUAUUAAAAACUCAAAAAGCAGUAUACCAACUGCAACAAACGUCAAGAAUGUGCCCAAAAUGAAAAAUAAUUUUCACGUAAAUGGCACCACGAAAAGACCCAUCUCCGUUCCGCUGCCAACUAAAAAGCCGACUGUGAAAGAUACUACAUCAAAUCUGAAGCCGAAGUCCUUGCCUGUGCUAAAGAAAGAUGUAGCACCCAAAAUUGGUAACGAUAAGCCUUUGAAUACAAUCAAAAAACUUAGCAGUAUUCCUACAGUUACGGACAAAAAACCAAUAGAUAUUAAAAACAAAGAAGCUAAGUCUGUAAAAUUAAACGUAAACGAAAGAGAUUCUCGGAAAACUCUGGCACCUAAACCAGAGAAUACGCUUCUAAAAACAACGUUGCUGUCCAGAAAAAGUGUACAGCCAGAAAAAACGGAUAGCAAUGCGAACCCUAAAGAAUCCGUCUUCGAUAGACUGUACAAGCCAAAAGCAGUUGCAAAGAAAGUAACUGACGAUGUUAAGAAAUUGCAAACUGACCCGAACUAUCUCAAAAAGGUCAUUAAAGACUCUGGAUUAAUUCUCAAUAAGAGGCACACUGUGUUUAAUGUGAAAACAAAGGUCGACCCACCUGUGAGACGGUCAAUAUCAGCAGUACACUUUAAGCGUAUCAGCAAAAGUGAGAUGGGAAAUUGCAUCCACAAGUGGUCAUCAAUCGGUGAGAAGCUAGAUAAAAUACAUCUGAAUGAAAUCAAUGAAGAUGACGCUGUCAAAGAAGACAAAGUCAUAUCUGCAGUCAAGAGUGAACGUAAAAAAGUCAAAUUUCAGACUCCAGUUCCGUUUAAUUUCAAUACACCAAGACCGGAAGAGUUGCAAGCAAGGCUAAAAUCCUGGUUACAAAAGCGAGGAAAAUCUUUAGACUCGUACCACCAUUUGCAAUGUUUCGGCAUCCAUCAUAUCAACCAGAAGAUCAAGCCGAUCAUAGAGCCUCCCAGAUUUGAGCUCUACGACGAUGAGGAUAAAGAGAAUAUUGCUGUGGAGAAUGACAGUGAUAAUGACUCGUUUACUGAGAACAUGAAUGAUUUGGACACAAAGUGGAGGAGGGCUAGCAAUAUCAGUGAAUAUCCUGACAGUGUGGAUCUAAACGAUACUCAAGAAAGUAUGGUGACGUCAAGCGAUACAAUGUUCCACGUUGACGAAGUUCUAGUUGGUGCGCUGAAUGAUUUGACUGAUUUGCUCCGUGAGGGCUUCGACUGGGAGCAAUGCGCCCGCUGGUUGCGUGCCCUCCGCGAACGUUUCCCUUACGCGGCCGAUACCGCCUCGUACUGGGAGUGUCGUGCUGCUUUAGAAGAGCGCCGCGGAGACCUGCCCGCUUCUGUGGAGUGCUGGGAAGAGGCUAUCGCUAAGGGCACCGAGCGAUCCGUAGUAGAAGCCAACCUGGACCAGCUCUUAGACAAGUUCAUGCAGCUGAAGAUAUCUCCCACCAGCGGCAAGACCAAGCGGGCUGACCCCAAGAUGGUGGACGUGAAGAAUGUGUUCAAAAGCACCAUCAUCAGGUUCGCUGUGCAGCAGGCUAAACUUCGCAACUCCAACUCGAAUUCUACCGAGCCAGUGAAAUACACAGUGACUCCGGUGAGGCGAAGCGGCCGCCUCAGCGUGCCGGGCAGCCGGGGCAGCGUGUGUUGGAGCGGGAAGAGGGCGCCUUUACAGGUAUGCAGCAGUGUUCGCCGCGCCGACGUGCCCGGCCCUUUGGUAUUUGUGCCAAACGACAAAUUGUGCGAGUCACCCUAAAGCCAUCUUAAAUUAAAUUUAUUUCGUCUAAGAACUCUUAUAGUAGGAGCUAGUGAACGCCAGACCUACGUCAUUUUAUAAAAACUGAAAGUUUGUCAGCGUAUGCUCCCAACAUAGG